AUGUCGUCUGCUAAAGCGGCUAAAAUUCGUACUACAUCUGUCGGUAGUUUAUCUAGCCACAUUUGGCGGAAUACUGUUGUUGAUAUGUCGUUAUCACCCAACAGUUGUUGCAGUCGUCGAGAAAAUAUCCACCCUCUCUCUCUCUCUCUCUCUCUCUCUCUCUUUCAUAACGUCCUUUCCUUCUCUCUCUUCUUUCUCCCUUCCUACCCUUCAAUACAUUCCCUCCCUUAUUAUCUCAUGAAACCUUUCUAUCGGUCGAUCUUUUUAGCUCUCAGAGAAAAUAUCCACCUCUCUCUCUCUCUCUCUCUCUCUCUCUCUUUUAUAACGUCCUUUCUUUCUCUCUCUUUCUCCUUCCUACCCUUCAAUACAUUCCCCUCCUUAUUAUCUCAUGAAACAUUUCUAUCGGUCGAUCUUUUUAGCUCUCAGUCAGAUUCUCUUUCUAUUUACAUGAAAAGGAGAAAAUAUCCACUCUCUCUCUCUCUCUCUCUCUCUCUCUCUCUCUCUCUCUCUCUCUUUUAUAACGUCCUUUUUCCUUCUCUCUCUUCUUUCUCCUUCCUACCCUUCAAUACAUUCCCUCCCUUAUUAUCUCAUGAAACCUUUCUAUCGGUCGAUCUUUUUAGCUCUCAGUCAGAUUCUCUUUCUAUUUACAUGAAAAGGAGAAAAUAUCCACUCUCUCUCUCUCUCUCUCUCUCUCUCUUUUAUAACGUCCAUUCCUUCUCUCUCUUCUUUCUCCCUUCCUACCCUUCAAUACAUUCCCUCCCUUAUUAUCUCAUGAAACCUUUCUAUCGGAGAAAAUAUCCACUCUCUCUCUCUCUCUCUCUCUCUCUCUUUUAUAACGUCCAUUCCUUCUCUCUCUUCUUUCUCCUUCCUACCCUUCAAUACAUUUCCCUCCCUUAUUAUCUCAUGAAACCUUUCUAUCGGUCGAUCUUUUUUAGCUCUCAGUCAGAUUCUCUUUCUAUUUACAUGAAAAGGAGAAAAAAUCCUCUCUCUCCUCCUCUCUCUCUCUCUCUCUCUCUCUCUCUCUUUUAUAACGUCCAUUCCUUCUCUCUCUUCUUUCUCCUUCCCUACCCUUCAAUACAUUUCCCUCCUUAUUAUCUCAUGAAACCUUUCUAUCGCUCUCAGUCAGAUUCUCUUUCUAUUUACAUGAAAAAAGAAAAAAUAUCCUCUCUCUCUCUCUCUCUCUCUCUCUCUUUUCAUAACGUCCAUUCCUUCUCUCUUCUUUCUUUCUCCUUCCUACCCUUCAAUACAUUCCUCCCUUAUUAUCUCAUGAAACCUUUCUAUCGGUCGAUCUUUUUUAGCUCUCAGUCAGAUUCUCUUUCUAUUUACAUGAAAAGGAGAAAAUAUCCACUCUCUCUCUCUCUCUCUCUCUCUCUCUCUUUUAUAACGUCCAUUCCUUCUCUCUCUUCUUUCUCCCUUCCUACCCUUCAAUACAUUCCCUCCCUUAUUAUCUCAUGA